AUGGCCACACGGUAUGAUUCCACAGAUAUGCCGAAGAUACAGAUGAUCUUCGCAAAAGCGACCAUUUUUGUAGUUUACGAGUGGGUUUUCACAGGCAUCAACAGCGCAAACCUAUUUUCGGGAGGUGAGCAUAUUUCUGCGCAUUCGAGCUUCACCCGAACUCACUCUAUGUCCGAUCGUUUUACCAUCCAUGACUGCCAUUCGCACGUAACCUCGCUGACCAUCUUCGGGUGGUUCAUUCUGUACUGGUGGCAACUGUGGCAUAUUCGCCCCAACCUCAUCACUAUCUUCAAGGGAUCGCUCGCCACCAGGGAUGCCUUCAAAGUUGUCUUCAAUAGCAACUCUGUCACCAACGUCAUCGAGAAUUGCUCCUUCUGCAAUGAGGUCACUACGGUAUCGUUUCCGACUCGCGCACUCGGGUGCGCUUCGCAAGUGAAGUUUCUGGUCUUGCCAUGUGCAACCAGUAGUCGUCGAGCGAAGUACUCUAGAAAGAGUCGCUGCGACUGUCGCCAGCCCAUCCGGCGUGAAAUCGCAUCAAACUGCUUUCCUGCAGACGGGCAACUCUCCGAGCUGCCCAACGUCCAUGUUUUGAGACUCGCAGAUAUGGGUAGUAAUCGGCUUGGCAAGUUGAGCAGUGUGCAACAACAAGCUCACCGUCCUCCCAUGUUAGACUGGCAGUGA